AUGUACUCGUCGAAACGACAUCUCUCGGAUUCAACGCCGGAGUGCUUUAGUUCGCAAUUUGUGAUGCCAUUAACCGUGUGCGUGAGCGAGACGGGCGAUGGUGUCGCACCGUUCUCAUAUCGGGCGCUGAAUGAAACUGCAGAAGUAUGCGUGGGGACAUCUGUUGGCACCAUCACGGAGCCAGACUGCCUGGGCCCCUGCGAGCCUGGUACCUCGGUCACGCUGGAGGGCAUCGUGUGGCAUGAGACGGAAGGUGGUGUACUCGUCGUGAAUGUGACGUGGCGAGGGAAGACUUACGUAGGUACAUUACUGGACUGCACGCGACACGACUGGGCGCCACCGCGGUUUUGCGACUCCCCAACGGAGGAGUUGGACGCACGGACGCCCAAAGGUCGUGCAAAACGUGGUCGCGGCGCAGCGCCGACUGACAUGACUAAUUUUACGGAGACAAGGUCCUCGGUACAUAGUAAACUACGGAACGGUGGCGCCAAGGGUAGGAGGGCACUGCCUUCACCAACACCCUUCACGCCUCCUAGACCAGACUCAAAAAGAAAACGCACCUCGGAUGCUGAGGAGCGACCUCCAACGCCGAAGGCUAAACGUCCGCCUCCCACACCGUCUUCCCCGCCACCGGAUCCCGUCCUCCUUGAGUGUCCAGAGCCAAAUUGUUCAAAGAAGUACAAGCACGCGAAUGGACUCAAGUACCACCGGUCCCACGCCCACGGCUCUCCAGACGACGAUGACAAGGACGGCUCCAGCUCUGAGCAAGAGGAGCCGGCCACUGAGCCAGCGUCCCCGGCGCGGCCGCCAUCGGCGCCAGCCACGCCGGCUACGCCUGUCAAGUCGCCGACUCCGGUCAAAUCACCUGACGCCAAGGUAGACAAGUCGCCGGAGAAGUCCCCGGAGAAGGCUGAAGUGGACGCGGAGUCGCCGCAGCAGCCACGGUUCGCGGAAGAGUUCAUAACAGCCGCGGAGCCGGCCGCCGCCGUGGACCGGCCGCAGACUCCUCCGCAGCCACCAGCCACGCCGCCUGAUGCGUUACCCUCUCUGCAACCCACACAGUUUAAGGUGAAACCCCGGUCAGCGCUAAUGGCGGAGGAGCGCAAGUCGACAGAGUCCCCUGCAGAGGAGUCCCCGGGCAAGAGACGCGCGCGGCGCUCCCCGACGCCGGGCGUGCGGUCGCCGGCCUACUCCGACAUAUCGGACGACGCCGCGCCGGCCGACGCCCCGCCGGAUGACCCAGCGCACAGACCCUUCCCAGUAUACCAUCAGUUCUAUGGGCAGCCGUCGUACAUGCCGCCCUCGCACCCUCCUCCCGUGCCUCCUCAGUCCUCGGACAAAGGCAAGGAUGAUCUCUCUAAAGGAGACCCCAAGGGUGACAUGAAAGACGGUAAACCAGACAACGGACCUCAAAAAGUGUUACCGCAACACUUCUACCCUUACAACUAUGUUCCCAAUUUUCCUUACAACGUGGAACCUGGUGGGCCACCUCCGGGGCCGCCCUUAGACGACAAGAGUAAAGACAGCGACCGCUCGAAGACAACCCCGAGUCCACUAGACAAGAACAAGCAACAACGCCCGCCCGACGGCAAGGAGAACCCCGCGCGGCCGAACGAUAACCAUCAAAUACUCAAGGAGAGCAUCGAGAUGAAGGCACAGAUGGGACCCUACGCCUUCCAGAGACCACCACAUGCGAGAGAAGAGGAAUUAAGAAGGUAUUACAUGAGCUUAGAUCAGAGAAGAAAAGAGGGAGGCAAUGAUCCGAAGCCCCCCGGGCUGGCGGCGGGGGCCAGUGGAGCCCCGGGCGGGCAAGGGGGCCGGCCCCCGCCGCAGCCCGCACACAAACAACCUCCCAAAGACAAGGACGAUAAGCCUAAGGAGGAGGUCAAGACGGAGCCACUGCCGGCUGAGCUGCACUACCCAGCCUAUGGCAGAGACCGAUACCCUAAGGUGAAACAAGAAGGGCAGAAGCCGACGACAGAGACUCAGGGUCCCCCGCCCCCGCCUACCUCGCAGUACUACCUCCCGCCGUACAUGCAGCCCCCGCAUUACGGCGCUCUUCCUUUCGACCCAGUCUACCGAGCACCUCUGAGCCCAAUGCUGGUAGGAGGGUUCGGAGGUGGGUGGACCGUACCACGAUACCACGCCCCAGAGGACCUGUCCAGGCCAGGCGGAGCUGGGAAACUGGACAUCAUGCCAGGAGUUGGCGGUCCUGGUAGUGGACACGGCCCCAACUUCGCGUAUGGUGGUGCUCCACACAAAAUACAUGAAUUACAAGAGCACGCCAAGUCCCCGGCGAGCAAGCCCCGCGCGGACGCGCCCAAGGAGCCGGCGCCGUCCCCGCGCUCGCCGCGCUCCCCGCCGCCGCAGCGCCACGUGCACACGCACCACCACACGCACGUGGGGCUCGGGUACCCGCUCUACCCGCCGCCCUACCCUGUAAAGUAG